AACACUCCAGGGGAAGACGAGGAAGGUCCAAUGGUUGUGUCUGGCAGUGCCCGCUCUCCAGAUAUGUGUUAGGAGGAACUGUCUUGUCCCUCCCCCGGCGCCCGUGUGUGGUAGACCAUCAUCUCCCAGGAAGAUGGAGGCUGAGAAGAUAAGAUGCAGAAAGUGUCGCACGGUGUUGCUUUCUGAGAGCAGGAUGGCCCUCUUAGAUGCCCAUGGGGAGGAAUGCUGUGAUGCAGGUGUCAGUGCCUUGGAAAGUGAGUGUUUAUCAGUGAGGGAACAAAGCUGUCUCUAUAUACCAGAAGAGUCUUUUCCUGACUUCAUACUCCAGGCUGUAGAGGAGAGCUCUUGGACGAAGGGAAAGAUCUACUGCCCUUCCUGUAGAGCGCGACUUGGCUCAUUCAACUUUGUCUCAGGGGGUCAAUGUGCUUGUGGGUCCCACGUUAUCCCUCAAGUACACAUCUUGAGGUCAAAGGUUGACUGGAUGAAGGUAGGCGAAGUGCAGCCUCAUCCUGUCUCAUUCCCCAACUGCUCUGUGGUCCUGUGUGCAUCCUCCUUGCCCUUAGAUCAACCAACUCAAACCUUAAUGCCUGCUGAUGGUGACGUAAAGGAAGGUGUUGAUCCAGAUGUGCCCAGGAGCUUCACAGAGGAUCGCGACGCCACCUCCUCGCCACAAUCCAGCUCUUCUAGGUCUCGGAGGAAACACAGAGCGGAUGUUCUUGAAAAACCGGAUUGCAAGACAAGACAUCGGCAGAAGGGAAGAAAAAAAAUCCUCUCAAAUCCACCUGAUGAGUCAAGUGAAGGUCCCACAUCAAGGCCAUCCUGUUUUGAGGUGCUGGAUGAUGAGCUGACGGCAACAGAGGUCGACUCCAGCCCUGAAGAAGACACGGAGGAGAUAAAUAUCCCGGAUAAUUUAGUGUGUCCCGUGUGUCUUGAUGUGCUGUACAGUCCUCUAGUCACCAACCCCUGCGGGCAUAUCUUCUGUGAGCCUUGCUUGCGUCGUAUGGCCAAGCCGAACCCCACGCGCACCCACUGUCCUCUAUGCCGGCAAAUUAUCGGACAGUGUAUGCCAUGCCCAGAUUUGGCCCAUGAUGUGCAAAAUUGCUUCUUUGACCUCUACCAAAAGAGACGUGAGUUUGAACUUCAACACAACAGUCAACAUUUACCAUUACCGUGGACAAGAAACUACAGGUUGAUGAAUGCUUACCACAGAGGUGAAAACUGGCUGGAGAGAGCGGGAGGCUGGCGAACCAUCAUAAUUGUCAUGUCAUUAAACAUUUUGGGUAUUGGAAUUAUACUCUAUCUUGGGAGACCUGCCAAGAUCCAAUCAAAUUUAAGUAUGGUUUAACAUUUGAGCUUUCAUAUAAUUCAUUAGUUUUUAAAAGUUUUCCCUGUCUAUAGCAGUUACCACAAAUAGGCGCAAUUAUUUUUAUUUUGUUUAUUUUUUUUACGUCUAGGCCUAUAGCUCCGGUAGGCUUGCUUGAGGGGCCUGGAUGGUG